AUGUCCCUUAUCUGGGAAGACACGGAACACCAGUUCGGCUGGUCAUGGCCCCAGUGCUGGAGACCCCCUGAGCACGACGCGGGUUGUGGGUUGUACUCUAGUGGACCUUUGUUCGUGCCGAGCACGGACAUCUGGGAUGAUUGGCCAGUGCGCAACCCGUGGCGGGCUGAGUUUGUUUUCGGCAACAGUCUUAUGUUGCGGGACUUUUGGCUAGUUCUGUUUCCUAGGGAGCUGAGGCAUAAUGCCAAGGGAUGUGCCGGGCCGUGA